UCGACACUGCUCCUCCCGUAUCGACUAAUUUGAUUGAUUGUAAUUCACACCUGGGCGUGGUUUUGUGUGUCAUUGGCCCACGUGUGGGGAUUUAAAACCCACCCACUUUGAUGCAACUUGCCGAAGAUGCAUCAUGUCGGUAUCAAUUUUAGUCAUAACGUAUGCAUUUUUACACGUAACGGAAGGGUCCUUGGGUGACCACUCCCCUUACUAUCAAAGGUGUUUAGAAAAGUGUGGAUUACUGAACUGCACCGAAGAUGGGGAUUUUAGGGAUUAUGAGCAACCUAUUUACUUGAAUUUGUUGCAAUGGUCGUGUGAGGAUGAAUGUAGGUACGAGUGCAUGUGGAAGACGGUCGAAGCGUUCCAUGAACGCAACUGGCGGACGCCUCAGUUUUACGGAAAAUGGCCUUUUGUUCGAUUUUUCGGGAUACAGGAACCAGCAUCGGUUUUUUUCUCACUGUUGAAUUUCUAUGCCCACAGUAAGAUGAUUAAGAAAUUCAGAAAGGAGGUGCCAAAGGAUAGUCCCUUGUAUUGGCUUUGGCACGCGUUUUGUUUAGUCAGUUUAAACGCCUGGUUGUGGUCAACCAUUUUCCAUACUCGGGACUUCCCCAUCACUGAGCUUAUGGAUUAUGCGUGCGCUUUUUCAGUGGUGCUUAUGUCGUGCUAUUGCAUGAUUAUGAGGUUCCUAGACAGUUUUGUGCUUCUUGAACUAGUUCAAUUUUUUAGACUGUUUCGCACGGCUCCGAGGUUCGUCCUAGUUGCCAUCACUUCAUUUUUUGUGGCUUUUUUGGCCAAUCAUGUGACGUAUUUAGGCAUGGGCCGGUUCGAUUACGGCUACAACAUGCAACUCAACAUUUUUAUCGGAACUUUCACCGCCAUUUGUUGGUUCGGGUGGAGUACCUACAAUCGCAUCCGCCAGCCGUACGUUUGGAAAUGUGCAAUAUUCGUAGCCUUGGCUGGUGUGGUCAUGCUACUCGAAAUAAUCGACAGACCUCCGAUUUUUUGGGUUUUCGAUUGUCACUCCUUGUGGCACUUCGCAACAGCGCCACUCACGUGUCUGUUCUAUAGUUUUGUGAUCGACGAUUGUAAAUAUCUAAGAGAGGAGCAGCAAACUAGAAAGAAGAAGAUCGACUAGUUAACGUUUUAUUAAAUACACCAAGGAAAA